AUGUCAAAUAUUGUGCAAUAUGUUGUUGUGAGAAGUGACCUUGUGAGCUCUCUAAAAUGGCCGACGGGGGCGUUAAUCGCCCAGGCUUGCCACGCUUGCACUGCCGUAAUGCACCAAUUUUACAACGACAGCAGUACACAGACAUAUCUUGCAGAUUUAGACAGAAUGCACAAAGUAGUCUUAGCGGCCAAAGAUGAAGAAAGUCUUAGGAAACUUUCGGAAACGCUGACCGAGAAUAAAAUAGACCACAAACUAUGGAUCGAACAGCCGGAAAAUAUCCCCACUUGUAUCGCAGCCAAACCCGACCAGAAAGACAAGAUUCAGCAGUUUUUUAAAGGCUUUAAGUUAUUCAAAUGA